AUGUCGAACAAAGCUGCUUUAAAAGCUAUACGAGCUGCUCUUGAUGCCAGAAAGUUUGACAUUGCGUGUGAGAAGGCCGAAGAUUUGGUGAAGGAAGAUGCUAAAGAUUAUUAUGCCAAUGUAUAUCUAGGCGUCGCAAACGAUAAACUACGAAAGUCAAAAGAUGCCGAACAAGCAUAUUUGGCUGCAACUCGCAUCAAGCCUGAGGAAGGUGUCGCUUGGCAAGGAUUGAUCGGCUUGUACGAUAAGCUGGGCAGUGCAAAGCUCGAUGCUUACCAUGAUGCGGCUCUUGCCCUCGGACUGAUUUUUGCCGAGCGUCAGGGUAAAGUCGACUUGUGCCAAGAAGUGAUAAACAAAUACAUCUCGCUUGCUAAAAGGAGUGGUUCGAUUGCCCAGAAGAAGAAAAGCCUGGAAAUACAACUCCCAACCUCCCCGGUCUACGAUAUUCUUGAAGGACGGCUGCACCAUCCCUCUCUGACCUACCUCCGCUUGAUUGAACUCGCCGAACCCGAAGAAAAGGAAUACAUCAACCGAGAAAUUGGUGAGCGCAGAACCCGCCUUGGGGCACGGAUCGAGAAAGUUACCAUGGAAGUCAAACGGGAAGCCUUCAAAAACAGUGAACUGGCCAAGCUGUAUGCAGGCAUGAUCCAAUGGUCGAACGACGAUGCAGUUCGGCGCCAGUGCGAGGAAAAGCUUCUCCAACGAGCAUACGAUGAGCUUGAGGUCAUUCCUGUGAAAGCAAAGCGGUCGAAACGAAACGAAAUCAUCAAAGCUGCACAGGACAUGGUCAUCAUCAAACAUCCUUUUGAGCUUGCGUGGAAGAUCGUGUUGGAGUGGAAGGAUAUUACCGAUUACUCGGAAUGGGACGUAGGUGUUGUAAGAGAGUUCGUCGAGUUCUUCCCUGAGACGGGGCUAGCCAAGGUUCUGAGAGGUUUCCUAGCCAGUGACCUCUCACCAUUCCCUCCGGAGGAGACAACCCAAACAGAUAAAGAACCGACCGGUGCUUCGAGUUCUGACAUCAUGUCGGUGUCCCUGAUGGUUGAGGGCCUUGAUUUGGCUCGUUCCUCAGUCGUUGCGCACCGGAUUAUGGCUGAUGUCUAUUUCUCCAUGGGUGAACAUGCAAGUACAGUGGAGGUUGCUCGGAAGGGUCUCCUCAAUGUCCAAGAACUUGAUAAACUUACCACUCUGAGUCUGGCCAAUACAGAAGAUUCCUUGAACAUCAAACUUGCCAAUUCUCUCAUAUCCCACCAGUCUCCGCGGCACCAUCCGGAGGCCAAGAAAAUUUUCGAAGAAAUCCUCCAGCGAAAACCAACUUCUACAAACUGCCUUCUGGGUAUUGGGCUGAUCUCGAAGGUCGACGAAAAUUACCCAGAAGCUGCGGAUUUCUUAGAGCGUGCCUUGAAGCGUGAUCCAUCGAACAUCUUGGUUCAAGGUGAACUUUUCUGGUGCAAAGCACUUACCGGUGAUCUUGAAACAGGUCUUAAUGGCCUCCAGGAGACACUGGAACGCUUCGAGAAAGAGAAAGAACCAAACACCGAAUUUAGGAGUGAACUUCACUACCGCAUCGGAUACUGUCAGUGGGAGUUAGACCAAUCUCCGGCUGCGAGGAAGAACCGCAAAGGGGCAUACGCUAGCUUCCUUUCAUCUAUUCAACUAAACAUGAACUUUGCGCCGGCAUAUACGAGCCUCGGUCUCUACUACGCAGAUUACAAGGGCGAUAAGACUAGAGCUCGUCGGUGUUUCCACAAAGCGUUUGAAUUGUCGCUAUCAGAGAUCGAAGCAGCUGAGCGCCUUGCCAGAGGGUUCGCUGACCAAAAGGAGUGGGACCUGGUUGAGGCCAUUUCACAGCGAGUCGUAGACUCAGGCAAGGCUAAACCUGCCCCUGGCUCAAAGCGUAAGGGCUACAGUUGGCCAUUUGCGGCACUUGGUACCGUACAAAUCAACAAGCAGCAAUACUCAAAGAGCAUAGUCUCCUUUCAAGCUGCUUUGCGAAUCUCAGCUACUGACUAUCACUCCUGGGUGGGUUUAGCGGAGAGCUAUCACCACUCUGGUCGAUACAUCGCUGCGACCAAGGCUUUUGAGCACGCGAAGGCAUUAGAAGAGACUUUGUCGAGCGAAGAAAAGAAGCACAUUUGGUUUGCAAGAUACAUGCUGGCCAACGUGAAAUGUGAGCUUGGGGAGUACGACGCUGCCAUCACUGACUACGAAGACAUCUUGAGCACGAGACCCAGUGAUGUUGGUACCACAGUUGCCUUGCUUCAGGCACUGGCAGAGAGCUCGUGGAAGAGUCUGCACUCCGGUUUAUUCAACGAUGCAGCAGAACUUGCGAAUAAGACUAUUCAAGUCGCGCACUCACUAGCAACAGUUCGCAUUAAUAUUUUCAACCUGUGGAAAGCAGUAGGCGACGCCUGUGCAACUUUCUCCUACAUCAAGAAAAAAGCGGACAAAAUGUGCUUGACUACUUGCAUAAACUUGUUGAACGCUCAACUUGAUCCGGCGGCGCUGGAUAUCAUGUCCGAGGUGGAUGGCGUGGGCCACGAGUGGCUUGAAUCCAGUAGCGAAAGCGCCGUUUCAUCAGAUACUUGUAUCUACAUGGCCAUUCUUGCUUAUAAACGCGCUAUGCAUGUUUCGGCCAAUGAUCAACAUGCCCAGGCCGUCGGAUGGUACAAUCUUGGUUGGGCGGAAUUCCGUGCAUACCGAACUGUGCAGCCGGAGUAUGGAAAUAAGGAAAAGAAGUCUCGCAAUUUUCUCAAAGCGGCAAUGCAGUGUUUCAAGAAGGCUAUUGAACUGGAGGCUGGCAACUCGGAGUUCUGGAACGCGCUUGGUGUGGUCACAACGAGCUUAAGUCCCAAGGUUGCCCAGCACUCGUUCGUGCGCAGCUUACAUUUGAACGAGCGUAGUGCACAGGUGUGGACCAAUCUUGGUGCACUCUAUCUUCUGCACAACGAUUAUUCACUGGCAAACGAGGCUUUCACCCGUGGUCAGUCUAUUGAUCCGGAUUAUUCACAAGCGUGGGUUGGCCAAGGAUUCGUCGCACUUCUCUUUGGUGAGGCUAGAGAGGCACGAGGCCUCUUUGCACAUGCAUUCGAUAUCUCGAAUUCAUUUGAUAUGCUUCCCAAGCGCCAAUACUCUUUGACUCUAUUCGACCACCUCCUUUCCGACUUCUCUGUUUCCAACGAAGUCUCCCAACUGAUCCAGCCAUUCUUUGCGCUGCAUCAACUUUGUAUCCAGGAUCCCUUCGACCUGCCAUUCAUGCACAUUUCUGCCCUUUUGGCCGAGAGAAUGGGCGAGACAGCCGAUGCUGAGUCUAGUCUGGAAAUGGUGUGUACGGGCAUGGAAGCCGAGUACGAAGAAUCCGAGUCAUUGGAAUCGCUCUCGAAUUUUGCUCAAGCCAAUGCGGAUUUUGCUCGCGUUCUUCUUGCACGCCAUGAGUAUGAGCAAGCGGCGGAUAAGGCCGAAACUGCACUGUCACUUUCAGGCGAAGAAGAUGCCAGUGGUUUUGAUCCUGAAGCUCGGACCAAGCUUCGCCUGUCUGCCCACCUGACGGCUGGUUUGGCAUACUACUUUACACAGUCCAUGGACCGUGCCAUCGACAUGUUCCGUGAUGCUUUGGCCGAAGCUACCAAUACCCGGGAUGUUCCCGAUGUGGUUUGUCUCCUCGUCCAAGUACUAUGGGCCCAGGGUGGCAAGGAAGAGAAAGAGGUCGCUCGUCAGCAGCUUGACGAUUGUAUCAAGGAACACCCAGAUCAUAUUGGUAUUAUUAGCCUUUUCGGAGCCAUUACGAUAGUAGACGGGGACAGGGCUUGUAUUGAGGCACUUGAGUCCGAUCUGCGAAAGAACUUCAGUCGGGAUGACAUCGACAUGCACGAUCAAGCCAAACUUCUCAAGCUUCUGGCUGCAAUCUCAGCCCAGGGAUUGAACAAAGAUGCUGCUUCUCUUCUCCCUCAGCCCUUGCGACAGAUCAAAGAAGCCACCUCAGCCAUCAUGAUGUGUCCUGGCCAGCCACAGGGCUGGUUGGAGCUUGCUGAGGUGUCGGAAUCCGCGCAUCCAGCUGAAAUGGCCAUCAGCCGAGCUUUACGUUGCGCUCCUCCGCAUGGCAAUAUUGACGCCACUGAUCUCAGCAUGGCGUACGCCCAAACUGGCAAGCUUGGGGAUGCUUUCAGAUCCAUCAUGUUCUCUCCGUGGAGACAGGAUGGCUGGGAAAGCUUGAACUGUGCUCUGAAGGAUUGGGCAUGA